CGCCCUCCCAUCUGGACCAGGCCUCUCCUGCCAUAAUCUCCACCGUCUCUCUCCCACUAUCGCUAUAUUGGAGCAUCGCGAUGGUCUUGCAGUUCCAGUGCGGCGUCUAGAUUCAAUACAUCCCUUUCCUAAAAGAUAAACGUUACCGGACCCAGAUGUGGAAUAAGACCGAGGAGAAGCCGCGGACCGCCAUGGGCGCCUCGUACAUGUGGAGGAGAAAAUUGCUGCGCUUUGUGGUCGCAGCUUGUCUUGUGACCAGUUUUACGAUCUUCCUUUGGCCUGAGAUCGAACCUCACCAUGAAAUCACGACUCAGACGAUCUCAAAUAUCACCGUUACCUCCGAGGUCGAAUGCGAACCCGACUUCGAUGCCCUCCAACGCCUCGACGUCCACAAGCUCUCUCAAUAUGUCCGCCGUGAAAUUGUCGUUUCUUCUUCCUUGAGCGACGUCGUUCCCAUUGCACAACGAAUCGAAGUGCCUCUCUUCGAGAAAAUCCACAAGGACCAUCGGUUUGCGGAAGAUAGCGUGCAUCAGGAUGAUUGCUUGAUGCCUCGUCCUGUUUCUGUCUCUGUACCUUCGAUAUUACCAAGGGCGGACGCAUCCCACAUUGACUUCGGUGUGGCUACAACACUGGAGCGUCUGAACGAGUCGCUAGACGCAUUCACUCACUGGGCUGGACAUACGAACGCUCGCAUCUUGGCACUCAUUGAACCAGAUGCGCGGGUCAAUGAAGUCCUCACUAAGGCUGAGAACUUAGGUGUUAACCUCUCGGUAACCGAGUCGACGGAAGAAUACCAGCACCGAUACUUCUCGUUAGUGCCACAUUUGGCCAAGAAUCUGCGGCCGCAGACGAGAUGGACCUGUGUCAUCGAUGACGAUACUUUCUUCCCUUCGAUGACGGCGCUGGUACAGGCUCUAUCGAAAUAUGACGAUACAGCGCAGACCUAUGUCGGUGGGCUAUCGGAAGCGAUGCCCCAAGUCGGAAUCUUCGGUUUGAUGGGUUUUGGAGGCGCUGGCGUCUUCAUGUCUAGACCCCUGAUUGAGCAGAUAGGCCGCAAAGAGGUUUACGAGGACUGUCAAAAGAUGGAAUCCACGGGAGAUCGCAAGAUAUCCCUCUGCAUCUACCAGUAUUCAGAUGCCCAUUUGACCAUUGAUCACCGCCUGCGACAGAUCGACAUGAGGGGUGAUGUAUCUGGUUUCUUUGAGGCUGCUCGACCCCCGCCGCUCUCCGUUCACCACUGGAAGUCAUGGUUCAAUGCCGACAUGGCCAAGCUGGGUGUUGUCAGUGAGAUCUGUGGCGACUCGUGUCUUUUGCGAAAAUGGCACUUCGGCGACGGCUGGAUCCUCACCAACGGCUUCUCUAUCGUCAAGUACAGCAAUGACGUUCCCCCGGAUGACAAGUCGAUGGAGCUCACAUGGGCCGGCGACAAUGGCGCAGUCUUCGAGUCCUUCUUGCAUGAACUUGGCCCGCUCCGACCAAAGGAUGAAGGCAAGAUUAGCUAUAUCCACGAAGAUGCGAUUAUCGAUGGCAACCAGGUCCGCCAAUGGUACAUUCGUCGGGACCCUGAGCUCGGUGAUAAGGUUCUGGAGUUAAUCUGGCGAAAAGAGUAGAUGCGGAAUGCUCUACUUCACCCCAUUGAUCACUCUUUUUCAGCACAUUCAAAUUGUCGUCACAUACCCAGCACCGGCCUGCUGCUUGACUCGGACGACGGACCACGUCCCGUGCUUCACCGAAACAAUACGUGGAUCCAUCCGCACUUCAGUGCGGUACACUUAUAAUUAUAACGGCGCAUAGAUCAUGAAAGUUUUUAUUUCCCCUUGCCUUUGUCCCAUGUGAUGACGUGCUAUCCAAGGCUCGAGCUGGAUUUGGCACAUACCCAUUAU